AUGCCGUCGAUCGACGACUUUGAUUUCGUCAAGCCGAUCUCGCGCGGGGCAUUCGGACGCGUGUAUCUGGCGCGCAAGAAGGCCACAAAGGACCUGUAUGCAAUCAAGGUCAUGCGCAAGAAGGACAUGAUCAACAAAAACAUGGUCACCCAGGCGUUGGCCGAGCGGCGCGCGCUGUCGCUGCUGUCGGCCGACUGGGUUGUUCAGCUCUACUACGCCUUCCACUCGUCGAAGCAUCUGUUCCUGGUCAUGGAGUAUCUGAUCGGCGGCGAUCUCGCCGGGCUUCUGCGCGUCUGGGGCGUCAUGGACGAGGACGCUGCGCGCUUCUACACCGCCGAAAUCGCCUGCGCUAUCGACUACCUGCAUCGCAACUCUAUCGUCCACCGCGAUAUCAAGCCGGACAACGUCAUUCUUUGCAGUGAUGGCCACAUCAAACUCAGCGACUUUGGCCUCAGCCAGCGCGCCCACGCCCGCAAAAGCGAGCGCGCGUUCCUCGGCACCCCCGACUACUUGGCGCCCGAGCUGCUGCUGGGUGCUGGCAACGGACUGGCGGUUGACUGGUGGGCGUUGGGUGUCUGUCUGUUUGAGUUCCUCUGCGGCUACCCGCCCUUCACCGACGAGUCGCCCGAGGCCAUCUUCCGCAACAUCCUCAACCAUGCCAUUGACUGGCCCGACGACGAUGGAUACAUGAGUGAGAACGCCCAGUCGCUUAUCCGCGCCCUGCUGCACCCCGACCCCGCCAGCCGCGCACACUGGAAGGAUUUCCGCAAGGCCGCCCUCUACAGCGACUGGGACCUUGCUAAUAUCCGCAGCAUUGAGCCGCCCUUUGUGCCUAUGCCCGAUGAUGACGUCGACACGAGCUAUUUCGAG